UCUUCCAAAUGGCCGAGACAGCUCUUCCAAAUUCUCUGGGGUGCCUUGUUUCACCAAUUCAUCUCUUAGCUUGUCAGCAAGUCCUCAAAAUUGGUUAAUCAGAGCCAAAACAUUCUAUCCCACAUCUCUGGUAAAUAAUUGAAAAUUUGAUGUGUAUGCAGAAAUUAUGUUGGCCAUUGCUUUCAAUAAUGGGCACAGCCCAUUUGGCUGUCUCUUCUUUCACCAAACCUAGAACAAAUAUCAUCUUGAUGAGAUCUGUAGGAAGUUCUGUCAUCCAACCUGCCAUAAACCAUCUCAGUGUGGAGUUGUGAAAGUUGGAAUUGAUCCUGAGCUUUUCCAAACUGUUCUGGCAAACUCCCACGCAAGUGCAGAAGUAUUGGUUGGGCUGCCAGCUGCUGUGCCAUUGUUGGUUGAGGCGAGCCUUGUCCCAAAUGCUGUGCUAGUUGCACCACAGCAUUUUCAUGUUUGCACUUGUGGGUGUUGCAAUAAUGCUGCAGCAAGAUGUUUAGCAGACGGGUGCCCUGAGGAUCAGAUGCUAUAUCUUCGAUCAAAGGCAAGAUUCUCUGCCUCUCCUAAUAAAAGGAGUUUUCAAGAUUGGUGUCAGCCCUUCAAGAUAGGCCAAGGCAGGAAACAGACUCCACAAGAUAUACUGGAUCUUUAAUUUAGGCUAUAGUAACAAUCUUGAAAGCCUUUUCCCUUCCUCGUGCUGAAGAGAGCCAGUUUAAAUUUCUUUCUAGAGUUGUCUUCUUUCCUCUGUUUAAAUCAUGUUUGGCUAACUGCUGCAUUCCUUCUCCAAGGUCAUAUCUGUGGUUCUUUAAGCUGGACUUGUAUGAUUGCUGGACCACAAACUUGCAAGCCAUGUUUUAGCCUAAAAUGUGUGAACUUAAUUUGUAUGGUUCAGUAUACUGUACAAACAUAACCUAAAAAGCCUUCUUUUCUGGAUCUUAAGUGUAGGUAAAAUUGAAUUUAGGCAGCUUACCCUUUUAGGACAGUCAUCUCCAAAUUGAUGCUCCCAGCUGUGUUGGAAGUACUGCUCUAAGAAUUCCCAUUAUGAUGUCACAAUGCUUACUGUUGGUGUCAUCAGGACUCUAAAUCAUGUCCAUUCCUGCCAUUUGAAAUGGUGGUCAGUACAUGGAGAGUAGGCAUAUAUGAGCAUCAGGAAAUAAAAUGUCAAGCAGAGGAAGUGCAAGUUCUGGCUCUCUGCCAUCAAAGAAAGGACCAAUAGUUAAGCAUAGCACCAAAUUUAGAGAAGAGGGAGAGUCAACUCCAAGGAGGAUAGUAAAGGAGACAAGAGCUGUUGUCAUAGAUAUUGGUACCGGCUCCUGCAAAUGUGGAUUUGCUGGAGAACAAAAGCCAACGCAUGUGAUUUCAUCUACUGUGGGCAAGCAUAUCCAGGAGACAGCAAAAACUGGAGAUAACAGGAAGGAAACUUUUGUUGGAAGAGAACUUCAGGAUGCAACAAUACCCUUAAAGCUUGUCAAUCCUUUAAGACAUGGAAUAAUAGUGGACUGGGAUUCUGUUCAAGAUAUCUGGGAAUAUAUUUUCCUUAGGGAGAUGAGGAUUCGACCUGAAGAACAUGCUGUCUUAGUAUCAGACCCUCCUCUAAGCCCUACUACCAACAGAGAAAAAUAUGCAGAAAUGCUCUUUGAAACAUUUUGCACCCCUGCCAUGCAUAUUGCUUACCAGUCAAGAUUGUCAAUGUAUUCUUAUGGAAAGACCUCAGGUCUUGUUGUAGAGAGUGGUCAUGGUGUCUCCUAUGUAGUUCCCAUUUACGAAGGAUAUACCAUGCCAAGCAUUACUGAAAGAGUGGACUAUGCUGGAUCGGAUGUCACUCAAUACCUAAUGAAGUUAUUAAAUGAGAGUGUGAAAUUAUUCACAGAGAAAGACUGGAAUAUCUUAGAAGAUAUCAAAGAGAACUAUUGUUUCACUUCACUGGAUUAUCAACAUGAUGCAGCUGCACCUCCCAGGAAGUAUGAGAUUGAAUAUGAGCUUCCUGAUGGGCAAACUAUCAUUAUUGGCAAAGAGAGAUUCUUGUGUUCUGAAAUGCUCUUUAAGCCAUCCUUGAUAAACUCACAGCAGUUGGGACUUCCUCUCCUGACCAUGACUUCCCUCAACAAGUGUGAUGUCACCCUAAAAAAGAACCUGAUGGGCAACAUCUUGUUAUGUGGGGGCUGCACCACGCUCAAAGGCUUUGCUGACCGCUUCCAGAGAGAGCUGAUUAGAAUGUGCCCAAAUGAUAAUCCCAUUUCAUCAGCUUCUCCGGAAAGGAAAACAUCUGUCUGGACUGGAGGCUCCAUCCUGGCAUCUCUCAAGGCUUUCCAGCAGCUUUGGGUUCAUAGGAGAGAAUAUGAAGAACGUGGUCCUUUUUACAUCUACCGGAAAUGUUUCUAAAUCCCCAGCAUGAAUCCCUUCACCUAGAGCCUGUUCAACUGGAUGCAGUUUGGUUGAAGGAAAGGACACACUUUCCCUGCCACCCCAGUAAUACCAACCUGAAUGUUACAUGGUCUGGAUUACAUUCUGUUCUCUGUGUAUUAAAAGCUCAUUGUUGUAACAGCAAAAGAGGGUGUUCCUUUUUUUUUUUUUUUUGAUGCAAGUAACAAACAAAAAGCAGAGAAGAUUAGCGCAUCAAGGAAAUCUUCCAACUAAAUGAUCUUUGCUAAGGGCCAGCAACUGCACUUAUAUUCAUACACCCCAAAGUAAGCGUCACUGAACUGAGUGGGACUUUCUUUUGAGUAAAUUAUACAGGAUUGUACAAUUACUGUAAGUAUCCCUGAGGAUUCGUGUCUAUCUUACCAAAGGGGAAAAAAAAGAGUAGAAUAGGCAAUCUGAACUAUAAUUUCCAGAGAGAUUGUGCUAAGUAGUCUGUUGCAUCAAAAAAUAAUGGAAUCUUGUAGCACCUUAAAAGACCAACUUAUCUUAUCAAUUCCAGUUGUGUUGUUUUUGCAGAAUUCUUAAGCCUCACCUGUGCUAUCCUUGCACCAGCCACAUGCUUUCAACUAUAUCCUGGCAACUGUAGCAGCUCUGAGAAUUCUUUAGAAAGAAAAGUCAGAUUCUCAGAGGCAAACUUACACAAGCUGGCCAUGCAUAAAUCUUCUUUAGAGGUUGCACACAUGAAAUUUGCAACCCACAGUACUCAUAAUACGCACCCAUCAUUAAGGAUCUAAAGAGGCAUUGAUCAACAUUCAUACAUGAACAUAUCUGAUUGUCCGUAUAUCUGAUUCAAUCACUGGAAACUAUUUCCAGAAUACAGAAGGACUGUGUGCUCAGCGUUCCAGUAUUUUAUGACAGUCUCAUUAUGAAGAAAAUCAAAGGUGAGAGAUUCCAAGAAAAAGGUUACUGUACAACAAAACUUUAUUAACCCUUCCUCCUCCUUCCUGUCAGAAAAAGAACAUUCCAUCAAUACUCAUUUUGUCAAAGCAGCGUAUAUUAAAUUCAGUGUAAAUCUUGCUCAGUUGUACUGAGUUGUGUAUCUUUAAAGCAAAAAGUCUAGAAAAUUAAAGUACCACUAAUACCCCUGUUUUAAAAUCUCCAAAGAUCACUUUAGCUAUCAAACUGCAAAAUAGAGUCUGGAGAGUUCAAAGCAACAUAUUAAAAAUAAUUUACAAUAGCAGAAGCCGAGUGGUUGCUAUCUGGUUAUUCAGGCUAUGCUGGGGGGGGAAGUGGAAGGAAGCCCAUGAUCAGACAGGUAUAGGGCAAAGUAGAUUUACACUGCUUUGUGAGCCAGUUCAUCCUUCUUCAUUUCAGGAUACGUGAUGAGAAAAGUACUUAAAUACAGGUAGCCCUCGCUCAAUGUCCCCUUGUUCAGUGACCAUUCAAAGUUAAAACAGCGCUGAACAAGAGGGACUAACGACAAGUCCUCGGGUUAUGGCCAUGGCAGCAUUCCCGCGGUCACAUGAUCACGAUUCAGGCACUUGGCAACAGGCUUGCAAU